GGUUCUCAAACUCCGCUCUCAUUUGAAUCUCACUAAUUUCGUGACAUUUCUUUAACUUUUUCGUCCCUCGUUACACAGUACAAUUUUCACAUCACCGAUUGCUAUGGUUAUAAAAUACGUGUCUCGGAGCAGUGAUUGCAUACGGAGUGAUACGGAGAUAGCCACAUAUUACAGUUAACGUAGCUUGGACGAAUGUCCGGAACUAAUUAUAAAACGUUCUUCUGCAAGUUGGCGAAAACGUUCGUGAACAAUGCAGAUAGAAACUCCUAUAUUACUAUCAAAAGAUGAAAGAAUAACUUUAUUUUGGUCAAGAAAGGAGAGGAGGAAAUGGUUUCUAUCUCUAUUGUGCGGUACAUGUUUGGUUUAUGCGACAAGGACAUCGGUGCCAUUACUAAUGCCAGUGAUCAGUAAAGAAAGACAAUGGAGUAAAGCAGAAUCUGGAACUGUUCUCUCCAGCUUCUUCUGGGGCUACACACUGACCCAGGUGGCUAGUGGUUAUAUCAGUGAUCGAAUUGGUGGCCAGAAAGUCAUGUGGAUUGCUGCCUUAGGAUGGUCACUUUCUACAUUCUUUAUGCCUGAGAUAGUAAUGUUUUUAUCUGAGAGCGAUUCCUCUAUAUCAUUGAUUGCUGCUGUGCGAACAUUGAAUGGUGCUUUCCAAGGGAUGCAUUUUCCUAGCAUGAUUAGUUUGACGAGUCAAAGACUCCAUGAGCCAGAUCGUGCCUCCUUUUUUAGCCUAUUGACAUCUGGCUCUGCCCUAGGAACACUGCUCACUGGUUCUCUAGGGUCGUAUCUCUUGGAAAGUUAUAGCUGGACUAUUGUAUUCCAAGUAUUAGGGGGUUUGGGUUUGGUAUGGACUGCCUUACUAAGCUACUAUUCUCUUUCACUUGAUGGACGAGCAAGUUUUAACAGACCAAUCGCUGGACACACCUUGCCCUGGCUUGCGCUCCUUUCCAAGCCUCCAUUCUGGUCAUGUGUGAUCGGUCACGCCUGUCAGAAUAAUUGUUUCUUUGUUCUACUCUCAUGGAUGCCAACAUACUUUCAUGAGACCUUCCCUGAAAUCAAAGGUUGGCUAGUUAACAUGGUACCGUGGCUGACUUUACUACCCUGUACAUUCCUUGGAAAAGCUCUUUCUGAAAAACUAGUAAAAUCGGGAUACUCUAUUACCAGUACCAGAAAAAUCAUAGAAACUAUUUGUUUCGUCACCCAAUCCAUCAAUCUUCUUAUACUAGCCAGAGUACAAACUUAUCAGGGUGCCAUUCUGUGUUUGGCACUGAUCAUCGGUGGUUCAGGAUUUCAUAAUAAUGCUAUAGCUGUCAAUCCAUCAGAUCUUGCUCCGAAACAUGCUGGUAGCGUCUUUGGAUUGAUGAAUACUGUCGGUGCCAUACCCGGUUUUCUCGGUGUAUACCUAGCAGGUUAUAUUUUACACGUAACACACAGUUGGCCAGUAGUUUUCGUAGUAACAUCUAUGAUAGAUAUACUGGGCUGUGUCAUUUAUUUAUCGUUCGGUUCUGGACAGGCGAUUAUAUGAGUGAACAAAAACAAAUAAAAUACACACCUUUAAAUAUUUACAAGAA